CGCACUGCGUCUGCAUCUCUCAACGUCUGGACAUGAAUCAAAAGGGGAUUGUUAUUAAUAUAUUGAAUUGAUUUGUUGUCAUUUCUUCUGCUAAAUACAUCCUGGAUCAUCUCCAAUCAGCACUUUUAGCUGCUACAAGAACCAGAAUAUUGGAAUAAGAAGGAAAAUGUGUAACUUUAUUCAUAUCCAACCAGGAAGCUAACCAACUAGCAUAUCCAGCAUCAAUAUCAGUGGCAGCUCGUAUCAGUUUUGUAGCUAGAUCUCGUGGGGAAAUGUAUUUUCUUUACACAAUUAUUGCGUCCUUGAUUUUGUUUUUCAUAUUGAAAUGGAUUAAAACGAGGAGAUAUUUCACGGAUCUGCGAAGACUUGAUGGUAAAACUGUUCUUAUUACAGGUGGAAAUUCUGGUAUUGGCAAGGAAACAGCUAUCGCCAUUGCAAUGAGAGGUGCCCGUGUCAUCAUUGCUUGCAGAGACAAUGACAAGGCUGAGAAGGCUGUGAGAGAGAUCAAGUUUAAGAGUCGCAGUCUUAAUGUUGGCCACAUGGAGCUGGAUUUGGCCAACUUGAGCUCUGUAAGGGAAUUCUGCAAGAAUUUUCUCCAGAGAGAGAAGAGACUUGACAUCCUGAUCAAUAAUGCAGGCAUGCCCAGCAUCCUCUCCUGGACAGAUGACGGCUUCAGCAUGUGUUUUGGUGUUAACCACUUAGGUCACUUCCUGCUGACCAAUCUGCUUCUGCCUCGACUGAAGGAAUGUGCCCCCAGCCGUGUCAUAACGCUCACAUGCUCCAGCUACAAGUACCAGAAACUGAACUUCCAGGACCUCAACUACAACCUGGUGCCCUUUUUCACCUACUGCCGCAGCAAGCUGGCCAACAUCUACUUCAGUCAGGAGCUGGCCCGCAUCACAGAAGGGAAAGGAGUGACAUCCUAUGCUGUGCACCCUGGUUAUGUCCAGAGUUGUUGGACGUGUCACUACUCAUUCCUGUUCCGGAUGCUGAUGCAGGUGAUCAUGUGGAUGUUUUUUGUGCCAUGUGAGAUUGGAGCUCAGACCGUCAUCUACUGUGCUAUGUCAGAUGAAGCUGCCCAGCACAGCGGUGGUUACUUCGUGGACUGCCGACCCGCCACUCUGCGCCCUUUUGCAAGAGAUGCUGGUGUGGCAAAAAAGCUGUGGGAGGCCAGUGAGAGACUAGUUAAACUGGCAUAAUGGACACUGAGGAAACAGAGUCUUAGUGGACAUGUUCAGUGAUUCCACCAUCUUUUUACAUGUAUAUUUAUAGAUGUUAAGAUCUGUUUUGCAUUUAAUUUUGUUUUUCCAUUUUUUUGUUUAAAAUGCAGAUUAAAUAUUUUAUGUUUAUUUGUAUUUAAAAAUUAAAUUUGCUCGUAAAGGGGUUGAAACUUUUUUGUUUGUUUGUUAGUUGUUUUGCUAUUAUUCAGACUUGUUCAAAUAAAUACUUAAUUUAC